GGCCUGCGGCUGCGCCUCUAGAGGCGCUGGCAGUUGACUCUCCUGCGACUGCCUUCUGCUCCUCGCCGUCUUCGCGGGCUUCCUGGAAUCGUUGCAACGCCGCCGGCAUGUCUCAGGCUGAGUUUGAGAAAGCUGCUGAGGAAGUUAAGCACCUUAAGACCAAGCCAGCAGACGAUGAGAUGCUGUUCAUCUACAGCCACUACAAACAAGUAACUGUGGGUGACAUAAAUACAGAACGGCCUGGAAUGUUGGACCUCAAAGGCAAGGCCAAGUGGGAUGCCUGGAAUGAGCUGAAAGGGACUUCCAGGGAAGACGCCAUGAAAGCUUAUGUCGGCAAAGUAGAAGAACUGAAGAAAAAAUAUGGAAUAUAAGGGACUGGGUUUGGCUGCCAGCCACACAUUUCACCUAAACUGAUCUAAUACCUUGUUUUUCUAAUACUGUGGAUGAAGUUAAUAAAUAACUAGUUAACCCAGUUGCUCAAAAUAGCCCAGGAUAUGAACUAACAGAGUAGGGGCUGAAAUGUUUACUGAUCCUGCUGUGUAGUUUUUAUCAAUAGAUCAAUUAAAAGUACGUUUGUUACUUUAA